GCCUGCCAACCCUCCCCCCCCCCCCAUCCGCUCCCCUUCGCCGAGAUCCCAGCAGCGCGAAGAUGGCGGCGUACAAAUUCCUCCUGCCGCCACUCAGCCGCCGCAUCCUUCUUCCCUCCGCCCGGGCGCGAGGCGCCGCGGUUGAGAGUUUUGGAUACUGUUUUUCCACUAGCUGUCAUCACAACACCAAAUUUUAUACUGAUCCUGUUGAAGCUGUAAAAGAUAUACCCAACGGAGCAACUAUACUUGUUGGUGGUUUUGGAUUGUGUGGGAUUCCUGAAAACCUCAUUGGGGGUUUACUGAAGACUGGUGUGAAGGGAAUAACAGCAGUCAGUAAUAAUGCAGGCGUUGACAAUUUUGGACUUGGUCUUCUGCUUCAGACUAAGCAGAUAAAACGCAUGGUGUCAUCGUAUGUCGGAGAGAAUGCUGAAUUUGAACGCCAGUAUUUAUCUGGUGAGCUUGAAGUUGAACUUACACCUCAGGGUACGCUUGCUGAACGUAUUAGAGCAGGAGGAGCAGGAAUCCCAGCAUUUUACACUAGUACUGGCUAUGGGACGCUGGUACAGGAAGGGGGUGCACCUAUCAAAUAUAACACAGAUGGCACCAUUGCUAUUGCCAGCCAGCCAAGAGAGGUGCGAGAGUUUGAUGGGCGUCACUAUAUUCUGGAGAAGUCAAUUACAGGAGAUUUUGCUCUCGUGAAGGCAUGGAAAGCUGAUCGUGCAGGAAACAUAAUUUUCAGGAAAACUGCAAGAAACUUCAACCAACCUAUGUGCAAAGCUGCCAAGACAACUGUGGUAGAGGUAGAAGAAAUUGUUGAUAUAGGAGCAUUUGCCCCAGAAGACAUUCAUGUUCCCAAAAUCUAUGUUGAUCGUCUGAUACAAGGAGAGAAGUUUGAGAAGAGAAUUGAACGCUUAUCAAUUCGAAAGCCUGAAGACUCAAAGGCCAAACAAAAACAAGGAGACAAUGUGAGGGAGAGAAUCAUCAGACGGGCUGCUUUAGAGUUUGAGGAUGGCAUGUAUGCUAAUCUGGGUAUUGGAAUCCCACUGUUGGCCAGUAACUUCAUCAGUCCAGACAUAACUGUUCACUUACAGAGUGAAAAUGGAGUCCUAGGCUUGGGUCCUUAUCCGCUUGAAAAUGAAGUAGAUCCAGACCUGAUUAAUGCAGGUAAGGAGACAGUCACUGUUCUUCCAGGUUCUUCCUAUUUCUCUAGUGAUGAAUCAUUUGCAAUGAUAAGAGGAGGCCAUGUUGAUUUGACAAUGCUUGGAGCUAUGCAAGUGUCUAAGUAUGGUGACCUGGCCAACUGGAUGAUUCCUGGUAAGAUGGUGAAAGGAAUGGGAGGUGCCAUGGACCUGGUAUCCAGUGCACAAACCAAAGUGGUUGUCACCAUGGAGCACUCAGCCAAGGGUAAUGUCCAUAAAAUCUUGGAAAAGUGCAAUUUACCACUUACUGGGAAACAAUGUGUAAACCGCAUCAUUACAGAGAAGGCUGUGUUUGAUGUGGACAAGAAGAAGGGAUUGACCCUUGUGGAAAUCUGGGAAGGUCUGACAGUGGAUGAUAUCAAGAAAAGCACUGGCUGUGACUUCACAGUUUCACCAAAACUAACACCAAUGAGGCAGAUUUAAACGUGAAAUACGGACUGGGCUUAACUUGCCAGAAAGCUUGUUUCCAAACGGGAGCUCAGUGAAGAGAAAUUGAUGUCUGGUUUGCAAUUUUA